AUGUACACCGUGUUUGUAUCCCACCAGUGGCUGGGACUGCACCAUCCAGAUGCAGAGGGUGCUCAGUUCCAGGUGCUACAGCAGGCUUUGCGAGGCUGCAUCGAGGGCACGUUGCCCGGGCAGGCAGAUUUGGUGACGCAGUUUUAUGUUGGGAAUCGCCGCCUUUCUUCCCAGGAGCGGAGUGCCCUAGCACAGGGCUAUUUAUGGCUGGACUGGUUCAGCAUUCCGCAGGUACGUGGCAGAACCAAAGAUCGACGUUCUUCUGUGAGGUCCAUCCCAGCCUACGUGGAUUCUUGCAACCUCUUCCUUGCUUUGGUCCCUCCACUGAGACAUUCGGCCUCAGGAAAGCUUUGCGAUUACGAGUCGUGGCUGGAGCGGGGUUGGUGCAGGGCCGAGCUUUGGUGUGCCCAGCUAUCCAACAAAGCAGACUUGCCCAUGGUGGUUGUGCACGCAGGGGAUGACGCAGAGGUCGCAAUGGCCAACCAUUGGAUCUAUGCACCCACGCACGAAGGAGUCUUCACCGUGGAGGCCGACCGCCAUGAAGUCAGUGACUUCAUCGAGACGGCCCUGCGUGGACGCAUUGCAUUUCUCACGAAGCACGAGCAGCAGCUGGACUUGUGCCGGUAUCUCAAAGCCAGGUUGCAGGAUUGGCUUGGACACCCUGAUGCGCAACGCCCGCCAGCUUCUUUUCUGUCCCACUUCGGCUUCGCCGAUCUGAAGGAAGCCAUCCGGACAAGCGCCGUGGGCGGCAUGGCCUGCGCUGCUUUAUCGGGAGACGUGUCAAUGGUACGAGUACUUGCCGACGCAAAGGCCUCCAUGAGCACCCUGUGCCGCCCCAUGUUGUCUGUUGGUGUGUUGGCGUACUCGCCCUUACACCUUGCCCUGGCACGUGGUGCCCGGGGUCACGCUGCGGUGCUGGAGCUGCUGCGCCAGAGAGCAGACCCCAACACAACCUGCCGCUUGGGUCUCCCGUGCCUUGGAUGUUGCCGUGAUGCAGCUUCCGUUGAGAUGCUGGUGCAGCAUCGUGCGGAUGUGAACUGGCGAGGUGGAAAGGUGUGGAUCACCCCUCUAGGCUAUGCUUGCUCCAAGUUGGCACCUUUGGAAGUUACCAAGAAGCUGGUGGAACUGGAGGCAGAUGUCAACUUAUCCUGUACGCCCCUUUCAAAUCUGGCUCUUUAUAGCAGGACUGUCCCGAACUUCGCCGUGAGCACUGCACACGUCUUGCUCCAUGCUCGUGCAGACGUCAAUCGGCCGGAGCGUUCCGUGGGCCUGUUCCGUGUCCUGGAGAUUGUUGGCAGAGUGCAGUUAUGCUUCAGGAGACGCAGCCAAGUAAGCCGGCUCUUCUGUGUGCUUGGGGAAGGCAGCUCGACGCCCCUCGGAUGGGCAGCUACUUCGGACAACGCGACUUUGGUGGAAUUCCUCCUGUCGGCCAAAGCUGAUCCAGAUAUUCCCAAUCGUCGUGGCCACACUCCCAGACAACUGGCAGUAGAUGCUCGCGUUCGCAGCGUCUUCGCAGGCCGCCAACCAGACGCAGUUUUCAAUCACGUCCCAGGCAAGGGCGACGGGAAUCUUAUAAUGCAAUGCUCUUCGCAGCUCGAAGAUGAUGAUGCUGACAUCUUGUCCUUGUGA